AUGUCGUCUGCACUAAUACCGAUUUUCAUCGGUACUACUGGACUAGUCGGAAUGUUCACGAAAUUUAUUGGUCCCAUUACUGUUUCUCCACUUAUUAUAUUACUAGCAGCAUCUUCAGUUGAUAUGUGUGUAGAACGAAUUUCAAAACAUUGGGUAUCCGUAAUACAAGCAAUUGCCUUAUUUAUUGUUGUUUUAUAUUUGGCUGACUGGAAAACCCCGCUUCCAAGCAUUAGGAAACGAAAGUUUUCAAUAACGAGGCACAAUAUUUUCGGACAAUAUCCGUACUUGAUUGCUAUAUUGGUUUCUUGGGGCUUUUGUCUUUUUUUAACCCUUGCAAAUCUUACGCCUCCAGAUAGUGCAGCUCGUCUCGAUAAAAAUGGAACUUUAGAAGUUAUUAAGCAUGCUGAUUGGUUUACAGUGCCAUAUCCAGGUGAAUUUGGUACGCCAAAGUUUCAUGCAGGUCUAUUCUUUGCCUUUGUGCUGUCAGCCAUGACUUCCGUUUUCGAAUCAGUAGGUGACUAUCACGCAGCAGCUAGAGUAUCUGAUGAAAGAGCUCCAGCCACUCAUGCAAUAAAUCGUGGGAUAAUUGCCGAAGGCGUUGGUUCUUUGUUUGGUGGCCUUCUGGGUCCAGGAGUUGGGAUCACGACACAUACAGAAAACAUUGGUGUCAUAGGCAUAACGAAGGUGUCUAGCAGAGCUACAAUGGUAACAGCUGGUGUACUUUUAAUUUGUUUAGGAUGUUUUACUAAACUUGGUGCAGUUCUUUCCACAAUUCCGGAUCCCCUUGUGGGCGGUGUUCUUGCAAGUAGUAUGGCAAUGGUUUGUGGGAUUGCCAUUGCCAACUUGCAGCAGGUUGACCUUACACUGUCUAGAAAUAUAGCGAUAAUUGGAUUUUCAAUCAUGGUCGGGCUUAUUGUUCCAAGAUAUUUUGCUCAAUAUCCAGUGCAUACAGGUCUUCGUUUGUACGGUGUAGAAACACUCGAUCAAGUUUUACAUGUACUUUUCACCCUUCCUAUGUUUGUUGGUGCACUAACGGCUUGCAUCCUUGAUAAUACGGUUCAGGGGGCGACAAGAGAACAGAGGGGACUUCGUAGUCGUGGUUUGGUUUAUGAUUUCGGUGAAUCUGGUGUUGAUAUCUACGCAUUUCCCCCACUUCUUAUGAAAAUCAUUAAGAAGUUUCCUAUCCUGACGAAUCUUCCAUUUAUUCCGAGGGAGAAAAGGCGUCAAAUGUGCGAUGUUAUAUAA